UUUCAACAUUUUAAUUACAGCUGUGCUUUAUUCCAUGGUGCUUAUUUGGCUUUAAAUAUUAUGUCUUGAUUGUAUUUGUUCGUGGGUAUUUGUCUGGGCUUCGUUUGGCAAUUUAUAACACUUAUGUUGCUAAGUGACAGAUUGACAAUUUGGAUAAUGAAAGGCACUGUUUGAUUGCUUUGUCUUGACAGCCUGACAGGGGUGUAUUAUUCUAAGACUUCAAACUAAAUAGUAUUAUUGUUUAUUGUAUGGUAAAACACAAUUAUAUUAAAUCUAAUUGACAAAUUCCACUAUUUAUAUUGAAGCAGUUUAAAAUAUUAUACGUUGUAUUGGCAUCUAAAGUCAAGGAGUUCUGAUUGUAUCUUCUACUUCUUUGCUUUAGUUAACAUAAAUAAAUCAGGGUUCAUAUUCUUUCUAGUUCAUGUCUAAAAUCUUUUAGUAUCUGCAAUUUUUCACUUUAUCUGAUUUUUCUAAAUAACGUAAUUACACCGUAAUUAUGAUCGUAUAUAUUCUAAAUGAAGAGAACCAGGACUUUGAGAUUAGACGACUUAGUUAAAGGGCUUCUCUCACUGCGGUUUUAUUCUGCAUUGUUCAAAUUUAUCUGUGAAAAUAAUUCAUUUGUAAAGGUCAGAGGCCGUUCCGUUUCCUUGUUUUGCAAAAGUUUUUGUUCUCCCUUUUUUUGUUGUAUUGCACACUUUCUGGUCUCGUGCGAACAUCCCAGACAGUGGAGUGGAAUGGAGUAUUUUCUUCUCCCCCCUGUGCUCUCUUGUGUUGUGGCGUUGACGCCAUUGUCGCUGGGUGAUUGGGAGCUGUCCAUCACUCGCUGGUGAACUGGCAGUUUACUUAAGAAAGUACACGUGGGACAAAAGGAGAUGGCAGGAGUGUGGCAGGCCGGCUGAAUAGAGGGAGGGCAGGCAAUUAGCCACCGCCUUGUCGGAGCUCUUUUACUUGUCAAGCCGGAGCCGCGACGCCAUUGUCCGAGCUGUGUAAAGGACAUUCCCAGGGCUUUGUUUUGGCUUUAAGGGCCUCGGGACUGCCUGCUGCAGGCCAGGGGAAGAGCAGGAGUCCCAACAGUGACAGAGAGGCUGAACGAGUGCAGGAGAAAAAGAAAGGAACAACGCAUUAAGAGAAAAGUCUCUUUCAAAAUGCAUUAAUACAGCUGGAAAACAUGUUUUAUUUGCGUAGCUUUGAAAGAUAUUUUAAUUCCCUUAGUUAAGAUAUAUUUUCUUUAGUAUUUUGCUUCAUCGGGUUAAAUAAAAAAUGUAUAUAUUAAUGCUACUGUGCUUAGAUGGUAAUAUUUCUUUCUAUAAAUAUUUAAUUUUUCAUGGUAAUUAGUCAGAUUUGGGUUGUUAGAGGUUAUAAAAGGUAAUAAACGGAUGACACAUCUUGUUAAUUAUAGAAUGCAAAAAUGAAAAUGAUCCUAACCUUAAGAAACUGUUUAUUCUGUUGGCAGAAUUUUUAUUUGUGAAAGAUGUAAGUUGCUUUGAAAAAUACAAUUUAUUUAUCCGAGGUGGUUUAACUCAUUUUUUUUUAAUUUUUCCUCCGAUCCUUUAGACAAUAUUUCCCUAAUAUUAAAAUUUAAUCCCAUGGUUUUUUUAUUGAGACCCACAUUUUUUUUAAAAACGUGUUCAGAUUUUAGGAACAUGUUUAGUUUUCUAAAUCACAACUCAGUUUGAUGGAAUCUCCUUGUCUCUGCGUGUGUGUGUGUGUGUGUGUGUGUGUGUGUGUGCGUGUGCGUGUGCGUGUGCUCUGAUGUCAAACAGAUCUCUUGAAUUUCUUUGCGCUUGUUGACAGAAAGUCUUGACCACGCGAAGCUUAUCAUUUAACUUAAGUUCUGAGAAGAAUGAUGGAUUCUGAAGGUGACAUAGAUGCAGAAAGGAAGGGAAGAGGGCAGUGAGGAGGGGAUCGAGGCCUUGUUCACGUGAACCUUGAAAAGAGACGGAGUUGAGAUGGGAGUUAAGAGAAAGAUUGUUCACCACUCUAAGGUAUUGUUUAGAAAAAGGGUGAGAUGGGGGGAGGGAAUAAAAAGGAUUGCAAAGAAAGGUGCCACGUCCGUGUCAGAGUGAAGAAUUCCACCCCCCUCCCUCAGAAAGUGAGUAUGAAGAGGGGACUGUCAGCAUCACACAGAUAAAGUGACUGUUGGCCACACUUUGCUGAGCCUGCCCUCCCUUUGUGGAUGUUGUUGUGUCUUGUUCCCUUCUAUCUCUCUCUCUCCCUCUCCUGCUCUCUCCUCUUUGUCUCCAUCUCUCGCCUCGCUCGCUUUACCUUGUAGCCAAAGCUUUUCAAGCUGCCAGUUCGUCUCUGGGCAUCCUGGAGGCACAGCAGAGCCCACACACAUACACACACACACACACACACACACACACACGUACUCUAAGAAACACAUACACAGGCCCAACGUACAGCAGGGAUUUGGGUAAUAACUGAUUUUUGUGCGCGUAUGUUUGUGAGUAUAUAUUUUUUUUUUCUGGAGUUAUUGCUAGUGGGAAGAUUGCUGCAGUGCUGAAAAUCUGCUCACAGUUUUUUUUUUCUUCUCUCUGUCCACAUUCUGGCUUCUUGUGCUUCUUGUCACCGGCAUCAAAACUUUCGCUGAGAAGAAGAGGAGACUCUAAAGCCUCUGUGGUUAGAGUGAGGGAUUUCUUUUUUUAAGGAUGGAUGUGGGUGGGUGGGGAGGAUUGUGGUGACUGUGUGUUUAUGGGGGGAAACUAGGCCUCAGACCCUGAACCUGCUUUAGACGCCUCAAGAGAUGCACACACUCUCUUAUGUCAAAACCUGAGGGAACAAUGUUCAGCCGGCCUCGGCACCAAGUGCAAAGAGAGGGGGGCCGAUAAACACACAUGCACACACGCCACACAUGCCCAGCAAACACACUUGCACACAGUGAAGGAAGGAGCCAAGGCAGAAACAGACAAAGAAGGAGAAGUGCAGGAGAGAAGCGUCCAAGAGAGAAGCGAGAGAGCUUCUCCCCGGCGUAGAGAGGGGAAGGAGGAGCUGGGGGGGGGCCAGGUGGAAGGAGGAGGAGACGGGGGCGGGGGUGGGACCGAGAGGGUCAUGUACCCGCGGGAUGGAGUUUCAGCCGGGCCGGAGGAGACGGGAGCCGAGGCAGGAGUCCUGGGCCCCGGGCUCUCUCUCCUCCAGCAGGUGGGCUACUGGCACCUCAAUCUGAGCAGCUGGUCUAAUAAGGUUCCAGUGGUACAGCACCCUCACCAUGUGCACCCUCUCACGCCUCUGAUCACCUACAGCAAUGAGCACUUCACACCGGGGAACCCCCCACCUCACCUACAGACAGAAGUGGAUCCCAAAACAGGAAUCCCAAGGCCUCCACAUCCUCCAGAUAUAUCUCCUUAUUACCCGCUGUCACCUGGCGCUGUCGGCCAGAUCCCCCAUCCGUUAGGAUGGCUAGUACCACAGCAAGGUCAACCUGUUUAUACAGGGGGUUUUAGACACCCCUACCCAACUGCGCUCACUGUCAACGCAUCCAUGUCAAGUCUUCUGUCCUCUAGGUUCCCCCCACACAUGGUGCCCCCCCACCACAGUUUGCACGCCACGGGCAUCCCACACCCAGCCAUCGUCACACCCAACGUCAAGCAGGAAUCCUCCCACAGCGACAUCUCUCUCAGCUCCCCUCUGUUUCUCCACAGGAAACAGUCCGACGCUAAAAAGGAAGAGGAGAAGAAGAAGCAGGUCCACAUAAAGAAGCCUCUGAAUGCCUUCAUGCUUUACAUGAAGGAGAUGCGGGCCAAGGUGGUGGCUGAGUGUACACUGAAGGAAAGUGCUGCCAUCAACCAGAUCCUGGGGCGGAGGUGGCACGCCCUAACGCGGGAGGAGCAGGCCAAGUACUACGAGCUAGCCAGGAAAGAGCGACAGCUCCACAUGCAGCUGUACCCGGGCUGGUCAGCACGAGACAACUAUGCGGCUAACCAACAGGGGAAAAGGAAGAAGAGAAAAAGGGAAAAGCAGCAAGCAGAGAGCAAUGAACACAGAGAAUAUUUUCCAAACCCUUGCCUUUCACUCCCUCCGAUUACAGACCUGAGCGCUCCUAAGAAGUGUCGAGCGCGCUUUGGGCUCGAUCAACAGAAUAACUGGUGUGGCCCGUGCAGGAGAAAAAAAAAGUGCAUUCGCUACAUCCAAGGUGAAGGCAGCUGUGCCAGUCCUCCCUCUACGGACGGAAGCUUACUAGACUCCCCCCCCUCCUCCCCCUCCUCAGUGGUUCCCUCCCCCUCCUCAAAAGAGUCCAAACCUCAGACUGAACAAAUGCAACCUCUCUCACUGACUAUGAAACCGGCCCACCAGCCACUCCACCACCCGCACCUCCUGGCUGGGCCUCCACCGCCAUCUUUGGUUCAGCUGGAAAACUCUGCUGCAGCUAGGAAAACGCCCGGCGCCUCCUCCCACAACGGAGCCCUGGAGCGCGGUGACGUCACAUCCUCGCGGCAGCCGGGCUCUUCUGUGGCGUCCUCAAUGGCCCGGCCCUCAGCAUUGCUGUGUCAUUCCCACUCGCUCCUCUCCUCCACGGCCCCUCAGCCUCUGUCGCUAGUGACCAAGUCUAUAGAAUAGUCUACCUUAUUCUUCUCCUCUUUUCUAUCUCUGCACACACAGAUAUACACACACACACACACUCACUCACACACACCUUUCUAGGCCCUCUCUCUGCUAUAUUUCACUCGCUGUCGGUUCAUUUCUCUUUAUGUUUCUGUGCCACAAGGCUUUGAAAUUUAGUUUAUGUUUUAUUAAAGUUCAUUGGUCAAUAUUUGACCCGUCAUUAUCAAAAAAAAAAAAGAAUCGAAUUAUUAUAAAGAAAUGAUACAAUGAGCUGUAGUAUAGCUUUGUGAAUCUGCCAAAAUUUUUAUGGAUUUUCUUUUGUCUUUUUUGUAGUGUUAAAACAGUGCAAACAGAAAAAUGAUCUAGUUCAACUUCAAAAUGUUUAAAAGACGGAUAUAAAAAGGUAGGCUAGAUUAUUCAAUGAGCCCUUUUCUUGAAAGAGUUGGUUCUCCUUCUUUAUUUGUAUUAAAUACGAGCUUGCGAACCAAUCAUUUGACAUCUGUUCAAACUCUAGGAGGGCAUGAGGCUAGCGGCGACACCUCUUCGAGGAACAACUUUAAUUGUGAUGUUACUUGUUCUUGUUUAAAUGUACAGAAUAAUGGGGAGGGGGGAUUACUGUGUUAAAUAUGCAUUCUUCCACUGCGUUGUCUUUUUUCUUUGUUGUUUACCUUUGGGGUGGAGUCCGGCAAGUUGGGUGGGCUUGAGGGGAGGUCGGGGUGGGAGGGUUGAGGGUUAUUAAAUUCAAAAUGUCACAACGCUAGGACCAGUAGUAUUUAUUGCUUUAGAGAUUGCUUGUUGUAUCUUGUACGUGUCUCUUUUUGACUUUUUUUUUUUCUUAAUACAUUGUACAAAUAUUUUUUCUUAAGGUAAGCGACUUAUAUAUGAAUGAUCAUUUUUACGAGGAGGUUUUAAAAGGCAAAAUCUUUUGUUAUUGAUUUCUUUCCUCACUGAAAACCUGGAUUCCACUCAGUGUAUUGUGUAGAUCUCAUGAACAGAAGUAUGCACAACUUCAUUUCAAGAAAUGCGUCUAUAAGCCAUUUUACAAAAAAAGAAGAAAAGAAAACUUGAAACAAGACCUUGGGUACCGUGUCUUCAGUAGUUGGAAAAGUGUCUAAAGCCCUUCUUUUUUAUUGCACAGUCACAUCUCUCAGACUGUAGAUUCGUGUACAGAUUUUCCGUGCCAAAUUUUGUGAUAAUUUCCUCUGCCCCUCUAACCACGCUGUAGGGAUCCUUUUUAUUUUUGUCGUUUUUUAAAAUUUCAUUUCGAUACCAUUCUUUGCUGUGACGUUACAUAGAUUGCUAUGUAUGUAGUAUAAAUGUUGCUAUAACAAAUGUGUUUGGUAGCAAACUGUCAAAUAUUAAAAUUUAAACUUAAUGAAAAGGCGGACAUCAUACUGUAUAAACCCACAAGGGCCAAAUUAUGUAUAUUAGGAAGUUCAUAAAAAAACUAUGAAAUACAAAAAAAUACACAAACUGCCACUUUUAAGUACACUACUACAUAUAGGUAGAUAGAAAAAAUAGGCAUGUUGAUGUUGCAAGAGGCUGUAAAAAAAGCUACAAGAGAAUCAUCCACUCGGUGCCAUUGUAGUUGACAUGACGCGACUGUAAUCUGUCGAUUUCUUCUCUGGUUUAUUAAGAUGCUAAUGAUAAAUAGUUUGAAUGUUUCCUUAACGGCUGUGAUGUUCCUGUUCUAUUUUAUGCUCUUAUCUUUUUGUUUGUUUGUUUUUCCUGUUAUUUUAAAUGGUUCCAAAACCAUGUUUUUUUGUAAUGAAUAAAUGUUUAUGCUGUACAGUCUCUGUAGCAUGCAGUUCUGUAUUAAUAAAAGCAACUUAGUAUGUGCA